CGGCCGUUGGGAGUCUGAGGAGGUGCGGCGGCGGCGCGGUGGGAGCUGGGUCGGCCCUGCGCGCCCCGCUGUUCGCCGCCGCGGCCGCCGGGGUUCCUUUUCACGGGCGUAGCUCGGCCUCGGCGCCUUGGGGGCUGCUUUACGUUGCGUUCCUCUUCCCACGCGCCCCCGCUUUCUUGUUGCCACUUUGUUUUUUGAGCAGCUCCUGAAGUCCCGACCCGGUCAUGGUGGUGAGCCCGAAGGUGAAGCGCUUCUUGCAGCUGGUGCCCGGGAAGCGGCGCUUCGGCGUUUACCGGUUCCUGCCUUUCUUCUUCCUCCUCGGGGGAGCGAUGGAGUGGUUCAUGAUUAACGUCCGUAUUGGCAAGGAGACGUUUUAUGAUGUUUACCGCAGGAAACGAUCUGAAAGACAGUAUGAGGCAAGGAUGGAAAAAAAUGACUUUUAGCUGAAACAUUUCAAGGCCAAUAUCCUGAAUUCUUCAGGCAUAUUCAUAUCAAAGAAACAUUACUGCCACAGGAAUGGUAGGUGCAAGAUUUUAUCCCUGCAAGAUGAGUUAUGAUCCACAAGUUUAUGAUAAAAGUUUAAGGAGAUUUUGGCAGUAUAUUCUUUCAUCAUCCACUUAAGGUGUUCUUGGUUUUUUUCUUUGAUAAUUUGUUUUUUAAAUCAUAUGCAGCAGUGGAUAGUUCAUUGCAUUUAGGCUUGUGCCACCUAUUUAAUGUUUGUUUAGUUCUUCUAAAUAAACUAGACUGAACAAACAAAA